AUGGCCGACGCGUCCAACGGCGGCGACGAGUUCAACAGGCACGACGGCGGCGGCGUCAGCAUCCUCGGCGUCGACGGCCGGCGUUACACCGUCGACGAGAGCACCGCGUCCUACUUCUACGAGAUCGAGGCGCUGCUCCAGACGGACCCGGAGACCCCCGAGCAGGUCGAGGAGCGGACGAUCCUGGCGGGCAACGCCCUCGAGGAGGCGGUCGGGUACGAGAUGGCGCUGAGCAUGGAUGCGCGUUGCAGCCGCAUCGUCGAGAAGUUGCUGACCGCCGCGGGCGACGACGACCUGGUGCGGUUCCUCGCCGGCAUCACCAAGGAGGCGACCGACUUUUACGUCCUGUGCAAGAGCCUCUUCGGCUCGCGCGUCGCCGAGCACGCCCUCGGAUGCGUCGCCGCGAAGGUUGGCAAGACGCCGUCCGAGGAGCUCCUCGGCAAACUGGAGCCGCCGCUGAGAGCCGUGGCCGACGGGAUCGUCGCCGAGGCGGUGAACUGCGCGUACGAUCCCCGGGUGUCCCCGGUGGCGCGCAAGUUCCUCAGCGUCCUGAGCGGCCGCGAGUGCGCCCCAGUCGCCAAGGCUGGCGGCCUCGCGGGUAAGCUCAAGGGCGGAACCAGCAAGGCUGGAGCCUUUGCCGACUCGGGCAUCGGCCAACCGGACCGGCACAGGUUCGACGACGAGCUCAAGGCGUUCGCCGACGCGAUGCUCGCGGCGCUGGAACCGGAGCUGUGGAACCUCACCGAGGACGCCUGCGGCAGCGCGUUCCUCCAGGCGAUGCUCAACGCCCACCAGGGGGACGCCGCCGCGCUCAACUGGAUCGUGCCGGGUUUUUUGGGAUGCGCGCCGGCGGCGGGGACGCCGGAGGGGGAGCUCCUGGCGGACGCGGACGAGAAGGACGUCAGGCAACUGAUGGACAGUCGCGCGGGUUCGCACCUGUUCGAGGCUAUCCUGCGCGCGGCGCCGCCCAAGCUGCUGAACGAGAUCUUUCGCAGGUUUUUCCGCGGGAAGCUUCGAGCGCUGUCGUCGCAUCCCAGCGCGAAUUUCGUGCUCCAGGCGUUUUUGGGCGCGACGGGAGACGCCGAUCACGUCGCGACGGCGCUGAUGGAGCUCGGGCAGGACUUCGGGUCCCUCAUGCGCGAGAGGCGCGCGGGGGUCGUCGCCGCGAUCCUCGCCGCGUGCGCCCGAACGCGCUCCGGCGAGCGCGACGCCGCCAAGUCCCUGGCCAGGGGAUUAACCGCGAAGAUGCCGGCGAGGAAGGAGGGUCGAUCGCAGCUCGCGCCCGCGCUGCUGUGGAUGAACCAGCACAGCGGCGCCGGCGGCGGGAGGUGCGACGUGCUGGGCGCCGCGAUGCUGCAGACGAUCCUCAAGUUCCCACCGGACGCGAUUCCCCAGUUUAUCGAGUCGGUGGCUUCGAUGACUUCGGGCGAGGCGGUGAGCGCGGCGUGCGAUCCCGGCGGGUCCCGCGCCCUCGAGGCGUUCCUGGGCUCCCACGCGCACAGGCCGCGGGACAAGAAGGACGUCGUCCAGUCCCUGAGCGGGGAUUGGGCCAAGCUGGCGACGAGCGCGUGCGGGAGUCACGUCUUGGAGGCUGCGUACGGCGCGGCGGAUCAGCGAACGCGGGAGAACAUCGUGUCGGCGAUGUCGCGGGCAGAGUCGCAGAUCCAGGGCACGCGGCACGGGCCGCACUUGCUCCGCAGGCUCGGGGUGAGCCAGUUUCGGGCGGACCCGGAGCAGUGGAACAAGCGCGCGAAGCAGGCGGAGGAUGUCAAGGCGGAUUUCGCGAGGGAGUUUGGGAUGGAGGAGGAGGAGGAGGAGGACAACCGGGGGGCUAAGAAGCGUAAAACGGAGGAUUUCGCGCGAGAGGAGCACGCAGACGAGGGGGAAGCAAAGGAGGACGAGGAGGACGAGGAGGCCCCGAAGGAGAAAAAGGCCAAGAAGGAGAAGAAGGAGAAAAAGGAGAAAAAGGCCAAGAAGGAGAAGAAGGAGAAAAAGGAGAAAAGGUAGCCGUUCGGCGUGGCACGCGUUCUUGCUGGUCAACGCAGUGAUGAUAAAAAUUUCUUGAGG